AAAGGGGAGGGCUAUAGCGCACUUCUGCUGUACUCUAGAAGUUCAACGAUAAAGCAAAGCCGCAACUGGUCUGGAUACAAUGGCCAGACGAAAAGAGAAAGUUUGCUUGUGCAUAAGUAUUCCGAUUAUAUGUAUUAUUAUAAUUAUUAUUAUUUGUGCGACUCACUUUAACGAGGAGUGUGCUGAUGGACUUUUCAAAAAAGCAGCAGUGGCAGCAGACUCGGAAACCUGCUCAAAGAUCGGGCGAGAUAUACUGCAGUUGGGUGGCUCGGCCGUAGAUGGCGCCAUUGCUACUUUACUGUGCACGUCAAUCAUAAAUCCUCAGAGUAUGGGCAUCGGUGGAGGAUCUAUAUUCACAAUACGGGAACAAAGUGGCAAAGUGAGAAUAAUCAAUGCCAGAGAGACUGUCCCAAAAGCUUUUAAAACAGAUCUUCUUGCCAUGUGUCCACCAACAACACAGUCGAUGGAAGCUGCUCACUGGAUCGGUGUCCCUGGUGAUAUCCGUGGCUAUGAGCGAGCUCAUAAACUGUAUGGACGUCUGCCUUGGGCCAGUUUAUUUGAGCCCACUAUCAAGAUGGCUAGAGAGGGUGUCCCUGUGCCUUAUGUGCUCUCUCGAUUUUUGCCACUUCUUGAAAACGUGAAGCCAGAAUCAUUACCAUUACGCCAGUUAUUCCAGAAUGAAAAAGGUGAGCUGUUGAAAGAGGGGGACAUUGUGAGAUUUGAGAAACUAGCAGAUACGCUUGAGAUCAUCGCGAAACAUGGGGCGGAUGCUUUAUAUGUUGGAGACAUUGCCAAAGAACUUGUCAGUGAUAUACAAAAUGCAGGCGGAACAGUAUCUCUAGAGGACUUGAUGUCAUUCAAGGCAUCUGAAUUUGGUGCCUGGGAAGUGACUCUAGGAGAGUAUGACAUGUACUUUCCGCCACCGCCAGCAGGUGGCGCUACACUCAGCUUCAUACUCAAUACCAUGCAAGGUUUUAACCUAAGUCCUGCAUCUCUGGAGGGGGACGAGAAGGUCUUAACAUUUCAGCGUUACGUAGAAACCUGUAAAUUCGCCAACGGUCUGAAGAAGUUCAUGAAAGAUCCCAAAUUUGCCUCUCAAGCGGAGGCAGUUGAGAUCAUUCAGAAGCAUUUUGCGGAUAAAGUGAGAGAAAAAAUCAGCCCUGACCGCACUUAUGAUGCCAGCUACUACAACACCACUCCAUACCUGGACUCUCAUGGCACCACACAUGUGUCCGUGCUCGCUGAGGAUGGUAUGGCAGUGUCUGUGACCAGCACCAUCAACCAAAUAUUUGGAUCCAAAAUUUUCUCUCCCAAAACAGGCAUUAUCCUCAACAAUCAACUUGCAGACUUCUGUGGGAAAACAGACCAGAUUCAUGCUGGGGAGCAGCCCCCAUCCUCCAUGUCUCCAGUGAUCCUUUAUUCCCCAUCUCAGAAGCACACUGUGGUCAUAGGAGCCUCAGGUGGCAGUAUGAUCACUACCGGGGUGGCUCUGACUCUCAUGAACUUCCUGUGGUUCGGCAAGACUCUGCAAGACUCCAUCGACGCCCCUGUAGUGUUUGUGGACUCCAAAAACAUCCUCAAAUUUGAGCCCUUGUUUGACAAGAUUGUUCUGGAGUCACUUUACAAGAUUGGGCACGAAGUCAAAGUCCCAGUUCAUUUUUAUAAUGUGGUAAAUGCAGUGUCAAAGGAAAACAACUGCAUAGAGGCUGUAUCUGACUCACGGAAACAUGGAAAGGCUGCAGGGUAUUGACCUGGAGUUCAGCUGAAGACUAACUCACACAAGCUCUUCUUGAUGCAUCUGUGUUGUGUUUGUAUGAAGUAAACCACGGAUAUGUGAAGUUUUGAUGUUUUACUAUGCAAAAACAUGAAAAAAAAAAAAAUCAUAAUAUUCAUUUUACUGUAAAUAAUGUGUGUUAUAAAUACAUUUUGUUGAUAAGUACAGUAUAUAUAUAUAUAUAUAUAUAUAUAUAUAUACACACACACAUGCACGCACACAUACACACAGUACGUGAAUGUUAUGUGAAUGGUCUGCAUGCUUAUGUUCAACAGUGAUGAAUGAAAUUAAUCAAAAUAUAUUUCUAAUGCUACAAAAGAUUUAUAUUUUAAUUAAAGGCUGUCCUUUUGAAUAUUAUAUUAUUUAAAGAAUCUUUAAAAAAUGUUUCAAAGAAAUUAAGCAGCACAAUGGUUUUCAACAUUGAUAAAUGUUUCAUGAGCAGCAAAUCAGUAUAUUAUAAUGAUUUCUGAAGGAUCAUGUGAGACGGAAGACUGAAGUAAUGAUGCUGAAGAUUCACCUUCGAUCACAGAAAUAAAUGACAUUUUAAUAUGUAUUAUUUGAGUUAUUUUAAAUUGUAAUAAUAUUUCAAAAUAUUACAGCAUUUCUUAAUUAAAUAAAUGCAUCUUUGGUGAGCAUGAAA